CUUUUGCGAAGGGCAUCUCCAGAGCUAUUCGACUUAGAACUAGCGAGCGGAGGUGGGCUUUCCGGAGAAGCGCAAGAGCAAGAGAGCAGCUAUUCGAAGUGAAGUGAGGUGCAGUGAAGCCGAGCGAACUGAAGCGAGACGCGAAGCGAGGAAGAGCGAGGAGCGAUCAAACGUACGAUCAUCGAACGCACGCACGCACGCGCUAACGUUUGAGCAGGGCAGGCAGUCAGGGAGAGAGAGGGAGGGAGGGACAUUGCGCGCGAGAGAGAGAGAGAGAGUGACGGAGAGGAACACACACACACACAGACGCACUUUGAGUUAUUUGCACCAGGAGUAAUAGCUGAACGUAUCGUGAUCGAGAGCGCGAGAGAGGAAAGGUCGUAGCAAUAGGGAGAGACGAGAGGGAGAGGGCGAGGUAAGGAGAGGAGAACACGAACAGGAUUAUACAACAGAUUAUAUGAACAACAUUGAUCGAGGAGAGAAGAGCGAGGUGAGAGAAGCGGCGGAACAAGAAGACGAGUAGGCGCGCGAGGCCGGGCCAGACGCGCGGGGGUCAGUUAGCGGCGAGAGCUAGCUGGCUGGCUGAGACGCGGCAGGCGGGCGAGCGGGCGGGCCGUUGAAUGAGAGGGAGGGAAUAAGAAGAAGCGGGAGCCAGCGUAAUCGCCGAGAGUGUGUAUGAAGUGGUGACGGGAGCGAGGCGAGGUGGGAGUAAGCGCUUUUUGUGAGUUGAGACAGUCCGAGCGCCGCGCAAGGAUGGUUGAGACGAGCAGAUUGAGAGUGCUCACCAAGCCGAAGAAGCAGGAGGUGGCAGUGCCGGAUUUCUUCCGAUGUCCGAUAUCGCUGGAGCUGAUGCGAGAUCCAGUGACGUUGUGUACAGGGCAGACUUACGACCGGUACAGUAUUGAGAAAUGGUUCGAGAAGGGCCACAACACCUGCCCGUCGACCAUGCAGGUUUUGGACAGCACGGAGUUAGUGCCGAAUCACACAUUGAGGAGAUUGAUUCAAGAUUGGUGCGUUUCAAAUCGGUGUAAUGGCGUAGAGCGAAUCCCCACCCCCAAGCAACCAGCGGAGCCUCGGCAAGUGAAGCAGAUGUUGCAAGACGUUGCAAUGGGCAGAGAUUCUUACGGAGUCCUAAGGAAGUUAAGGAAUAUAGCCAAGGAGUCGGAUAGGAACAGGAGGGUGAUCUCGGAUGCUGGUGCGAUUCCAGUUUUAGGCAACUUCGUCUUUUCGCCUGAUAGCUUAGGUAAAAAUUUGGAAGCAUGCGAAGAGGCGCUCGGUAUUUUGGCUGUCCUACCUCUGCAGAAUAUGACCAGGAAGCUCUUCUAUGUUGGGCCCAAGCAACUCACGGCCCUCUCGUGGUUGCUCUGUAGGGGAAGUUUAGAUGGUAGAAUAAACGCGGCUCUGCUACUGGCCAGCCUCGCCACUGACGACGAAAUGAAAUUGUCAGUUGGUGCCACUGCCGGAGUUUUUGAGGGGCUUGUCAAGCUGUUAAAGGAGGAUUCGUACGCCCGAGCUAUCAAGGCCGGCCUCAAGGCUUUCCUUGCCAUCUGCGGUCCGAAGAAGAACAGGGUUAAAGCUGUGGAAGCCGGAGUUGUGUCCGCCAUCGUCGAACUUCUGCCCGAGGCUGAGAGGAGCAACACGGAGCGCGCCCUGACGUUGAUGGAACUGCUAUGUACGUGUGCGGACGGGAGAACCGCAGUAAGUGCACAUGCUCUCGCUGUGCCUGUCCUGGUGAGGAUUAUUCUCAGAGUAUCAGACUGUGCAACCGAGCACGCCAUCUCUUGCCUGUGGGCUGUGUGCCAACACGCCCCGAAGGAGUGUGUCGACGAAGCGGCCGUGCAAGCUGGUAUCUUAACACAAUUGCUGCAUUUGAUUCAAGUGGAGAGCAACUCUAGGACGAAGCAAAAAGCGACAGAGCUCCUGAGGCAGCUGAGACACAGGUGGAAGAAUUGCGAUCACCGGCAGAUUGGUAGCCUUGCCAAGUUUUAAAAUUAGUAGGACGUACAUAAUUAUACUCUAAUUCAUUCAAUUCUGUAGUUAGCAUCCCAGGUCCCACGAUCUCUUCUUUAGUCAAUCUUCAGGUAUAUUCAGAUGCCUGUCACAUUCUAGCAAUUACUUGGGAGGUUGUGAGACCGCGAUUGUGAUGAUGCUUCUCAUCUGAAAUUUCCACCACUUCUGCCACUUCGACUCGAUGACACCCCGGCACGGUGCCGCCAACAACGACAAAGGUGCUCCAUUCCAACAACGGAGGCAAAUUGCAGCCAAUUUUUGUACCAUAGUAGCACAAAAACGACAGACAAUUCUUUCAGAGGGCAAUCAAGGCCCCUUUUAUGAAACCGUAAAAAAACCGAACCAAUAAUGACCCUGUAAAUGCCAAUGCGAGGGUAGAUACUCUUGAUCCAUGAAACCACAAUCGGUUCAAGAUUGGAGUGGAGCUCAGCGUGUGAAAUGAUCUUGUUGAGUUUUAGUUGAGAAGUCGACUUUGAUUGUUCUUGUGAUCUUUCAAUUACCAAUAAAGGAGGGGGACCUCCAAAACAGGAGUGGUCCAUUGUGCGGAUUUCUUUCUCACUAUGUUCUCGAUUUCAACUUGUCCACUGCUUCAUUGUGUUUCUGAGCAUCGAGGAGUUUUGUUGAUUCCGCAACUGGUCUUAUUUCAACGCUGACGCUCUACCGAAUGCAGGAAAUUGCGCAUUUUCC